AUGGCUGAUAGCGACUUCCCCCAUUCCCUAGUUCUCAACGUCCCGCUCCCGACCCCACGUCUUGCAGCUAUCCUUGCUCGUUCGUUGUCCGUCGACAAGGAACUAUCGCCUUUUGUGCAGCGGUCCUUUUCCGUUGCUCCUGACGCUGCUGAAGUCCUCGUCAUCAACUACAAGGCUUCGACAGCCCGAAUGCUCCGUGUGGCCGUCAAUGGGUGCAUGGAGAGUCUCAAUCUUGUCCUUGAAGUCUGUCAGGAACUCGAUCAGGACGCUCUUGAGGAGUCGAUAGAGUUGUAG